AUGACUAUCUUCAAUCCAGACGUGUGCCUGACGGCAAGCACAAGAGACAAUAAACCAUCGCAAAGCACGAACAUUUGUGUAUUUCCAAAGCUAAACCAUCGGCCUGUGAAACUUGAACAUGAAAAGACCGGCUUUGUGGAGUUAAAGCCAUUGGACCUUCAUCAGAGCAACGUCUGUUUAAAGUCAACGCUCAAAAUAGCCUGGUCGAUUCUGCUUGCGAGGUAUACAGAUACCAAUCCUGUUGCCUUUCGUACUGUUACUAGGUACCAGAGAAACGAUAUUCUUGGUAUUGGAUGCGGACAUUCGGAUACCCCCUCCUGCUUCGAGCAAUUGGUUGCCUCCAUCGACGAGCAAAAACAAGGAUUUCUCGCGGUCUCUCUGAGUCAAAUCGAGGAUUCAGGGUAUAAUGCGAGCUUCAACACCGGUCUUCUCUUUGGGCCAUGUGAAUCAUUACAGGGCUGUGAUGAUCUGAAGGGUUUAGAAGUCAUAGUCAAUCUGAAUGAAAGUGCACCGGUCCCACGCAUCUCGCUCUGGUACUCUCGAUAUAUCGUGGACGAUGCUCAGGCUCGGAACCUGGCGAGCGAGCUGGAGCGUAUCUUGAAGUCGCUUAUUGACGAACCGCAUUGCACGUUAGCCGACCACAACUCAAUUAUUAGUAACCACCACCUGCAGCAGAUCAUCUCGUGGAACAGCCAAGCGCCGUCGGAACCUCUCGAUACAAACAUCCCGACCCUUAUCCGCCAGCAGUGUUUGAUGCGCCCGAACUCUCAGGCAGUGUGCUCCUGGGAUGGUGAUUUGACCUAUCGAGAGCUGGACAGGCUCUCAUCCGUCGUGCAGGCCAAGCUGCGGGAUCGUGGAAUCGGACUUGGCGCCAUCGUUCCUCUGCAGUUUGAAAAGAGCAAAUGGACCCCCGUCGCUAUCUUAGGAGUGCUCAAGGCUGGUGCAGCGUUUGUCUUGCUGGACCCCUCAUAUCCUCGCAGCCGGACAGAAGCAAUUUGCAGAGAUAUCGAGGCCACGGUAAUCAUUUCCUUUGCUGAGCAACGCGCUACUAGCUCCAGCUUCAUCGAGACAGUUAUUGUCGUGGACAACACCAUCAAAAAUGACGAAAGGAUACAUAUACCUCGUCAGGCAUCUGUCAGACCCGAUGAUGUUGCCUACAUUGCAUAUACUUCGGGUUCAACAGGUGUACCAAAAGGAAUAAUGAUAGAGCAUGCUUCGUUUUGUCUGAAUUCAAUAUCGAGCAGCAACGCGCAUAAUCUCGACCAUUCCUCUCGAGUACUGCAAUUCGCAUCAUACGCAUUCGAUGUAAGCAUCCAUGAGAACCUAACUCCUUUGAUCCUGGGAGGAUGUGUCUGUAUACCCUCGGAAUCACAGCGCGUCAAUCAACUUCAAGAUGCCAUAGUUGGCCUCGGCGUGAACUGGAUGGAGCUGACGCCCUCUGUCGCACGACUCCUACGGCCGGAAGAUAUUCCAUCCGUGAAAACACUAGUACUUGGAGGAGAGGCUAUGCUUCCCGCAGAUAUAUCCAUGUGGAGCGAUAAAGUGCGUUUGGUAUGUGCCUAUGGCCCUGCUGAGUGUACUGUGGUGUCAACAGUCCUGUCGGAAGAUUGCCAGCCUGGAAACAUUGGCCGUUCAUACGCAGGGACAUGCUGGAUUGUGGAUAAAGAUAAUCAUCAUCAACUUGUGCCCAUCGGCGUUACGGGCGAACUAGUCAUUGGAGGUUUCAUUGUCGGCCGGGGGUAUCUGAAUCGGCCUCAACAGACGGCUUCUGCCUUCAUCCAGAAUCCAGACUGGAUACCCAAGGUGUUCCCAAUGGGCAGUAACAUGAGGCUUUACAAAACAGGAGACCUUGCACGGUAUAAUUCUGAUGGAACCAUAAUGUGCCAAGGCCGAAAGGACACUCAGGUGAAGCUUCAUGGACAGCGGAUUGAACUCGGUGAGGUGGAACAUCAUACACAGAAAUGGUUUCCUGACUCUGUCGUUGCUGCCGAAGUGGUUGUACCCGCCAGUCAAAAAGAGAAAUCCCCGUCCUUGGUACUGUUUGUUGCGGAAGAACAAGGCAUCCAGGAGCAUAUUGGUGAUUCAUUAGUUCGACCAUUAAAUGAGAACUUUCGAGUUAUUGCUCAGGAAAUGAAGGACAAACUGCGAGAUGAACUUCCAAGAUACAUGAUACCCACAGCCGUGCUUCCUCUCGUCAAAAUGCCUCUUUCGCGGACCGGGAAGAUAGAUAGGAAGAUACUAAGGAAUGCAGUUGCAAACCUCCCGGAGUCAGACUUUCAGCAAUAUCGGUCCGCUCUUCAAAGAUCUUCCCUGAAAGAAAACAUGGGUUCGCGCAUCUUGAAAGCUGCACCUACCACAGAUUCUGAACGUCUUCUUCAAAAGUUAUACUCUAAAGUGCUUGGAUUGUCUGAAGAUGAAGUUGGAAGGGAGGACAGUUUUUUUGAACUCGGCGGAGAUUCGAUUAGUGCUAUUACACUGGUUGGUAUGGCGAGAGAGGAAUACAACUUACAAAUCAAAGUUGCCUCGUUAUUUGCUGCUCCCGCUAUAUAUGAGAUGGCACAAACCAUGGAAUUCGUUACUCAGGAUUCAAUGCAAAUUUGCGCUCCCUUUUCCAUGCUGAAGGCAUCCGAAUUGCAAACAGUUACCGAACAGGCAAUUGAACAAUGUCAAAUCAGCAGAGACCAAAUUGAAGACAUAUAUGGUUGCACUCCAUUGCAAGAAGGGCUCAUGUCUUGGAGUGCAAGGAAUCCCGGCUCUUUCCAGGCACGCUUCAUCUUUCGCCUCCCUGACACUAUUGAUACCCAAAAAUUCCACGAAGCCUGGUGUUAUGCCUUCAAUUCAACACCUAUAUUGCGCACUCGCAUCAUCCAGACGGAUGCUUCUUUCCGAGCUCUCCAGGUAAUUGUCAAAGACAAAUUGAGAUGGUUUUCUUCCGAAGAUAGAGAUGUGGCAGCUGCAGAUCCCAUGUCUUAUGGAACCCCCCUUGUCAGAUGUAUCAUGGACAACAGUUGCCACCAGAAGAAUGAAGCUCCAAUAUUCACUCUGGAAAUGCACCAUGCGCUCUUUGAUAAAUGGAGUUAUGAACAAAUCUUACAGAUCGUUGAAGUAGCAUACGAGAGUAGGACGGUUGAAUUAUUCCCAUUUUCUCCGUUUGUUCACCACCUAUCGGCUGUAAAUCCUGAAUAUACCAAAACAUUCUGGAAGAACGAAUUCCAGAGCUUGAAAGCUCCAGUGUUCCCUCUCCGCAUGCCCGAGGGCUACGUACCUAGAGAAAUAGCAGUGGCCAGCAGGAAUGUUCCACUUGGAGCUUCAACUGGAGUGGGAGGGUUCACAGCAUCAACGCUAAUUCGCUUAUCCUGGGCAAUGCUGAUAGCGCAAGAUACUCAAUCAAACGACGUUGUCCAUGGCGCCACGGUAACAGGUAGAAAUGCACCUGUUCCUGGAAUUGAAAAGAUAGUUGGCCCAACAAUUGCAACUUUCCCAGUUCGCACUGUACUUGACCGGAAUGAUCCCAUCAAGGUGGCUCUAGGAAAAGUCCAAAAUCAUGCCACGGCUCUGAUUCCUUUUGAACAGACAGCUAUGCAGGGAAUUAGAAGUUGCAGCCCCGAGGCAUCGAUUGCCUGCGAUUUCCAGAGCUUGCUGGUUAUCCAGCCUUCCUCUAAGAAUAAUCAAAAUCCUCAAACCUGGCUUCUAAAACUUGGAGAGUCGCUCGAGGACGAGACGAAGUUUUGCACUUAUGUCCUGACCGUGAUAUGUGAACUUGAAGUCGAGUCGGUGUCAGUAAGAGCUAUAUUCGACGCUGCUGUUUUAUCACUGGACAAAGUGAACGCCAUGUUGGGACAAUUGGAAUACCUUUUAACUCGGCUGGUAGACUCUGUGGAUAGUCAAACAUUGGGUGAGGUGAUGGAUAUGUGCAAGUUUGGUUCUUCAGUUCACGACGAAUGCAAGGUGGAACAGCUAAACUCCCAGAAAACCCGACUGGCAGCUAUAGAAGCGGCUGCCCGAAACCUCAUUGGGAACAGACAUGUGUAUGCAGAGAUGAUAACCCCCAAACUAAUGUCUAGCCCAAGGAAGACAUUGGCGCUCCUAAAACGCCAGCUUCACACGGCGACCGAGUUCGUCGCAGCACCUCCCAUAUGUAUCCCACUUGGAUAUAUGUGGGAUAAUGGUAUCUGUGCACAAGACCGCCAGAACUUGAAGGAAGCUCUAACACGACUGACUUCGAACGAAAUUGAAGCUUGGCUGCAGAAAUCAGGCCGCCAACAACCGAAAUCUGAAGCAGAAAGGAAGCUUGCUUCCAUUAUCUCCAGAGUCUUGCACUUGAACCCCGAAGAAGUUGGGGCCGACGAAGACUUCUUCGCUUUGGGAGGUGAUUCCAUUUCUGUGAUGCAAGUAGUGUCACAAUGUCAACGUGACAAGCUUUCAAUCACGGCAAUGGAUAUUUUCGAAGGAAGGACAGUGAGCCUCAUAACAGCGAGAUCAAAGAAGGCUGCCAAGCUCCCGCCAUCAACGAACUUGGCAAGGUACAAGCGAACAAAACGAUUUGAGUGGGAGGUGGAAAAUCUUUUAGGGUCUUCAACUACUAUGAGCAUUGAAGAAGUAUACCCAUGCACACCGUACCACGAAGGACUAGUUAUUCCUCAAUUGGGGAAUGAUGCAUAUGUCUCUCACACAAUAUGGAAAGUUGAAAGGAUAGGAUCAACAAGUCAAAUUGAUCCAGUCCAGCUUCAAAAGGCGUGGUAUCAGCUCGCACAGCGCCAUGCUGCUUUGCGGACGAUAUUGGUUGAGGCUGCCCUUGAAGAUGUUGAAGGCGGGACCUUGACGCAUGUUGUACUCGAUUCAUAUCCUCGCGAAGUGAAAAUACUUUCCUGCACAGAUGAUGAAGCCAUGCGCGUCCUACGUCAUCCAACGUUGAAUUCGAGGGAUAACGCUGGCCCUGUUCUUCCACAUGUCUUUUCUAUCUGCCAAACCGAUACUGGCCAAGUGUAUUGCAAGAUGGAAGGCAAACAUGCCAUUAUCGAUGCAGUCUCUGUGAUACUCCUCAUAAAAGAACUUGCACUAGCGUACGAGGGAAAGCUUCCAUCUAGGCAAGGGCUCGAGUAUAGCUCUUGGGUCUCAUAUGCUCUCUCUCUACCCGACUGCAUGGACUUCUGGCUUGAAUACCUUGCUGGUGCAAAGCCAUGCCACUUCCCGCGGUUAUCGAGAGAAAUACAACCCGUUACGGGCUUCCUUAAUUCGGUAGAAGUGAGCCUGGGACAUCCUAGUCCGCCGAGAAAGCUGUGUGCUUUGAACGGUUUAACGAUUACCAACCUGCUCCAGAUUGCCUGGGGUAUCGUACUUCGACAGCACACUGGCUCUGACGAUGUGUGCUUUGGGACCUUGGUGACGGGCAGAGAGGCACCGCUACCGGGAGUACAUGACAUUGUUGGUUCCAUAUUCAACGUUCUUGCAUGUCGGCUCACUCUAAGUGAGAAUAUGUCCUUAAGAGAAUGUCUGCAAGAGAAUCAGGUCGCGAUGGCAAACCGUUUAUCCAACCAGUACUGCUCACUGUUCGAGGUGAUGCAGCGUAUAGACAGCACCGGAUCUUUGUUCAACACCUGUCUAUCAGUAGAACAGCCGUUGUCUAAUAGCAACCAGAAGGAACCUGGCGUUCACUUUGAAGCACUUGAGACCCGGGAGGCUACGGAGUAUGACAUUGUCACUGUGGUCACUGUUGGCGAAGCAGAGAUGACAGCAAACAUAACCUACUGGUCAUCCGUUCUAACCAGGGAGCAGGCCAUCGCCGUCGGACGGGAAUUCCGGCUUGCUAUCUCGACAAUUACCGAGCAUAUUCGGUAA